ACAUUUCCAGAACUGGUGUCAGCUAAACAAACCGUUCGGAGGUUGCCGAAUUAAGAGCGGGUUUCCGGCCCAGAGAGAGCGGAGGAUGUGGCCAAAACAAAGGCUGCCAGCAGCGAAGAGCAGCCGCGAACACUUGCUGGGUCUCAUGCUGUCCUGCUAUCUACCCUUCCUGCUGCUGUUCUCAGGGCUCUCUGAGGGAUGGGGAGGAAAAACGGCUUCCCAGGAGCCGCUCACCUUCCAAUGCCAGCUUAUUUCCUCAUUCCUCAAUGAUAGCUGGGUUCAGAACCUGGGCUCAGGCUGGCUGGGGGAUCUGGAGACGCACAGGUGGGACCUACAGACUAGCACCAUUCAAUUCCUGUGGCCCUGGGCCCGGGGUCAUUUCAGUGCAGAGCAAUGGAAAAAGCUGCAGAGUAUCACAGCGGUCUUUUUGAUCAGUUUUACACGGGAUGUGCAAGACUUUAUUAAGGUCUUCAGGAAGGAUUACCCUGUGGUGAUCCAAGUGAGAGUAAGCUACUCUGAAGGAUCCCCUGUAAGCUUCUUCCAGGCAGCAUUUCAGGGAACAGACUUCAUGCACUUCCAAGGAGAUUCAUGGAAGCCUGCUCCAGGGGCUGAAAGUACAUCUUGGAAUAUCUCGCGCAUUCUUAACCAGGACCAGGGUACCCGGGACAUGUUACAGAACUUACUCAAUCACACUAUUCCCCAAUUUGUUGGUGGUCUUCUAGAAACAGGACAGAAAGACAUUGAACGACAAGUUAGGCCAGAAGUCUGGUUGUCAAGUAGUACCACCUCUACUCCAGGGCAGUUGAAGCUACUUUGUCACGUCUCAGGAUUCUACCCAAAGUUAGUGAGAGUAACAUGGAUAAAGAAUGGACAGGAGCAACCGGGAACUCAGACAAGUGAUCUCCUGCCAAAUUCAGAUGGAACAUGGUGGAUUCAAGUUAUUCUCAUUGUGGAAGCUGGAAACACAGCCAAUCUUGCUUGUAGGGUAGAACACAGUAGUCUUGGUGGCCAAGACAUUAUCCAAUACUGGGCCAAAAGCUCUACCUGGUCCUUUGCUGUGGUAAUCAUAGCUGGAAUUGUAUUGGGGCUUUUAUUAAUUGGAAUCAUCGGGUAUUGUUUAUACCGGAUUGUUUAUAAGCGACAUAGAUUAUAUGAAGACAUGAUGUGACACUCUCAUCCCAUUAUCUUUCUCCCAUUGGAGCCAGAGAAAUUCAGCUGUUUAAUCCAGGUUUUAUAAUAGUCUGGAAUAUUUUGCCUUUUUGAUGGCUUUUUUCUCCAAGCUGAUAUUUUAAAUGUAUGAGCUCUCUAAGUUAUGAAUUUUGGCUUUCUUUCCUUCAGUACCCUUGACUUUAAAUAUGACUUGUGAACUUCAUUCUCUGUGAACUCCUCAAGUACAGUAGAGGAAAAUGUUAACUGGACCUUAAUUCUUAUGUUCUUACAUGUUUUAUGUUCAUGUAACUACACUAGACAUAUGAAAAUGUGCAUGAAGAAAAUAGGGUCCUUACUUCUGAAGAACUUGAAUUCCCAGAGAGAAAGAUCAGAAGAGAGUUCCAGAAAAAAGACAUGUAGUUUAGUGCAGAGAAGAUUUUUGCAUGUUAGAGAGGGACAUAAUUGCUGUUUUAAAAGUGGAAGGUUGGCUAAGUGGAAGAAAUUGUAAGAGGCAGAUUUUAACUUGAUACAAAGUAAACUAGCUGACAAUUAGAACUAUUCAAGAGGCAUAGACUGCUUUAGGGACUCAUGAGUUUCUUUGAAUUAGAGAUCUCUAAGUAAAUGCUAGAUGGAUACUUGGUAAGAAUAAAAAUAGUAUUUUCACCUAAGUACAGGCAUACAUACCUUGGAGAUAUUGUGGCUUUUUAUAAUGGAUCACCUCAAGAAAGUGAAUAUUGCAACAAAGUAAGUCAAAAUUUUUUUUGUUUUUUUAGUGCAUAUAAAAUUAUAUUCAUGCUAUACUGUAGUUUAUUAAGUGUGCAAUAGUAUUAUGUGUAAAGAAAUGAUGUAUGUUUUCUAAUUAAGAAAUGUUUUAUUGCUAAAACUGCUAAUUAUCUUCAUAGUCUCCAGUGAGUAUAGUCUUUUUGCCUCAAUGUUAAUGGCUGCUGAUUGAUAAAGGUGGUGCUGAAGAUUGGAGUACUAUGGCAAUUUCUUAAGAUAAGACAAUAAUGAAGUUUGCCACAUUUAUAGAUUCUUUCAUGAAAGAUUUCUUUAUAGUAUGUGAUGAUGGAUGAUAGCAUUUUACCCAAAUAGAAUCUCUUUCAAAAUUGGAAUUAAUCCUCUCAAACUCUAUCACUGCUUUUUAAAUUUAGUCUACAUAAUGUUCUCAAUAAUUUUUUUUGUUUGUUUCAGGGAAUAGGGAGACCUGAGGAAAGGUAGAGAUUUGAGGGUUGGUGGAACAGUUAAAAUACACACAUUUAUGAAUUAAGUACACCAUCUUAUAUGGGUGCAGUUUGUGGUUCCCUGAAACAAUUACAAUAGUAACAUGCAAAGAUCACUAAUCACAGAUUACUAUAAUGGAUAUAAUAAUAACGGAAAAAUUUGAAAUAUUGUGAGAAUUACCAAAAUAUGUCACAGAGACAUGAUGUGGAUGUGACAUAUGCUAUUGGAAAAAGUGGUGCUAGUAGAUUUGUUUGACUUAAGAUUGUCAUAAACGUUUGAUUUGUUUUUAAAAAAUCUUCCAAACUGCAAUAUCUGUGAAGCACAAUAAAAUGAAACACAAUAAGAUAAA